AUGGCUUCUUAUGCGACAGAAAUGCACGCUUCUUCGGGUUGUGAAGUCUCACACAAUAAACAGUCUCAAAAUUCAUCUGAUUCUUAUGGAAACAAAAAAACCUCAUCUACACAUUCCACCAAUAAUUAUAAAAGUUCAUUCGAAAGAACUAAUCAUCCACCAAUAUCUCAGUCAGUUCCAUCUUGUUCAGACAUGAAUCCUGUAACAAGCCAGCUUCAACCGCAACAUUCACAGUACCGUUAUUCAGAUCCGUAUAGUUUCCUACGUCAGCCAGAGUCUAAUCCACGGACGCUUCCUAAUUCUGAUACUAUGAAUUGUGUCCCCUCAAUUUAUACAAGCCCAGAAUAUAAUUUAAACAGUCCAGACUUAUGCACACCGACCAGUCAUUUACAGUCCUAUUUACAUCGUGUAUCUUGUUGCUUGCCUCAAUGUCCACAAUGUCUUUCUUACAAUCUUUUCGCUCAAUCUUAUAAUUUCCCAAACAAUGGAACAGCUCUACAACCACCUUUAGUAUUGUCCCCAACUAUGUUGAAUAACUACUCAACUUCAGCACUGUGUUGUCCAUCAGCUUCUCAAAUACCAUAUUAUUUUUGGUACAACCAGGAUCCUGAAUACCAGAAACAAUAUUAUCAAACUCAAUUAGCUAUGUCUAAGUUGACUCUGGACCAUUCGUCUCCAAAUACAUGUAUGAUGGUACAAUCGGGACCAGAUCCUAUACAUGGGUCUUUGCCAAAUCAAGCACAUCAAGCUGAGGCAAAUUAUUCUACAAACCCAAAUACUUUUGCUUCAGUAUCCUUAUCGGAAAAUCCUAAUACAAUUGUUCAUCCGCCUAGUUUAAUUAUGCCUAUGCCUCGGUCUAUCGCUAUUGCUACUUCUCCUACUACUACUACUACUACCAUGAAUAAUAGUAAUGUAUCGUCUAAAACAAAUGAUCCAUCUCUAAUCAACCAGUUCGAUUAUUGCAAUGCUUCAUCUUAUGCAAGUAGUAACAGUACACCGUUAAAUAAUCAGUUGAAUGGGUAUACAACACUUCCUAUGGAUGGUGUUUACGAUCCAACUAACAGUGCAUGGUAUCCUGGAUAUUGGAAUUCGAAUAAUCUAUGGGUAUCAACGGCAACUGGUCAAGGUGGUUAUUUAACAACACCAUUCAAUAAUAACAGAUUAUCUUUACCAAUUUCUUCAUUUUCACCCAACCCACAGUCGUUCAACACAGAUGAAUAUGCAGUUCUACAUCAACAAUAUGUAAAUACGAUAAAUAAUGAGUUCACUGGUGUUAUCAGUACUGGUAAUAAUCAUCAUCGCCAUCAUCAUUCAACAGAUUUAAUAACAAAUUAUAAUCAGUCAAGAGAUAGGACGGUUGUUGUUAGUCAACAGUCACAACAAACACUUUUAGCUAAUAGUAAUAAUAACAACACUACUUCAUCUAUGCCAUCGCUAUCAUCAUCUUCGUCGAUAAUGCUCAAUGCAGCAUCUUUAUCAUCAACACCAGUCAGUAAAUUAUUAUCAUCAUCAUCGUCAUCAUCAUUAAACCAAAAGGAAUAUCACACAUUAUCGUAUUACACUAAUCCGAAAUCAAAUGAUUCGUUAACAAAUUUACAAAAUAUUCAAUAUUGUUCUUAUCCUCUACCGUUUUAUAACACGAAUAACGUUGUCAAUAUGAUAAAUAGUAGUUAUAAUAGCAAUCAUACUACUGCAUCUGUUAUCACUCAUAAUAAUACUAAUAGUAAUAUUAACAGUAGUAAUAAUAAUAGCAGUAAUAAUAGUAAUAAUAUGCGUUUAAUUUUAACAAUAUUAGCCAAUUCACGAGCAAAUACUACCGCUAUCGCUACUCCAAACAUUGUCCAUAGUCCUUAUCGUUAUAGUCCAGAUCGAAAUAGUUUAUUAUGUAAUCGUCAAAAGCUAUUAUCUGUCAAUCCCAUUUCGUGUAAUACAAACACUACUCGAUCUAUGUGUAAAGCGUUUUCACAAUCCGAGUUGGCACGUUUAAACUUGAAUGUUAAUCCAGUGAAUUUCGAUGCAUCACUAGUGCAUAGAGCUCGUUAUUUCAUUAUUAAAUCAGACUAUGUGUACAAUGUACACCAAUCUAUAAAAUAUGGUGUUUGGUGCUCAACUCGUACUGGUAAUCAGUGUUUGGAUGAAGCGUAUCAAUCAGUACAUGGUUCUACCGUGACUAUAACAACAACAACGACCGCCACCACCACCUCUGCUAAAAACGUCAAUAGUCGUAAUGAUGAUAAUAAUAAUAAAGAUAAUACUAGCAUAAUCAGUGAUGAAUCGAAAUUAGUUCAUAACAGUAAACUACAAUCAGAUAGUAAUGAAAAAGUAACGGGAAUUACUUCUAUUACUACUAAUAAUAAUAAUGAUAAAUCCUGCCCAACUAACAAUCCUGUUCAAUGCCCAAAUGAUUCGCCUGCUGUUGUUACAACCGCACCCAUCUUGUCUGUUUAUUCUACCACGUGUACUAUCACCACUAAUACAAAUACACCCAAUAACAAUGUAAACUUCGAUACAGCUAACGUUUCAAGAACGAAAGUCAAUACAAACGAUCCAAUUAUACCAAUAACAACUGUUUCUUCAACCAUACCGACGGCAAAUAAUGGUCAGAACUCGACCAAAUCAAAAAGAACUUCAACAUCUACAUUUAAUACUAACAUAAACUCUUCUCCUGGACAUAUUAUUCUAUUUUUUUCAGUUAGAGAAUCUGGAUAUCUAACUGGAGUUGCUGAAAUGAUCAGUCCGGUUAAUCCACAAAAGCGUUCUACAAUAUGGCAAGAUUUACGAUUUAGAGGAGAAUUCGCUGUGAAAUGGUUGUAUAUUAAACAUAUUCCGAACCAUGUCAUUAAGCAUAUCUUAGUUGAAUGCUAUGACAAUCGUCCGGUUACAGUGUUACGUGAUACUAGUGAAAUUUUACCACCGUCUAAGGGGGAAGAAUUACUACGUAUUGUACAUGAAUAUGGAUUAUCUACAUCAUCAUCACUACCGAAUAUGUCAUCGUCAUUGUCAACAUCAUCAUCAUCUCAUUCGAUUGGAGGUGCUAAAUCAUCGACCAGCAAAAUUGGUAACAAUCAUAAUUUUUCAACCAAUACAAAUUUGACUAAUUCAAAUGGAUUAAAUAAUCAUAAGACUACUAAUACGAGUAGUACUUUGAUUGUUCCAUCAUCUACCAUCUUUAAUAAUAACAAUAACACUACUAAUAAUAGUAAUAGUAAGAAUAUCGUCCCUUCACAGUUUCGUAUCUUUGACCCUCAGCGACUACGAAUUAUGUAG